AUGGCGUCCACUACCGCCCCAUCAUCGUUGGAAUCUUUCCUGAACACACUUCCCCCAGAUCUUUUUGACCAAACGACACUCAUCUCUCUCGCUUCCACCGUUGCCAUUCUCGUGGCAGCCUACUCCCUCUCCCGCCUGGCCCUCGAUCCCAAGACCACCACGUCCCGCUACCGGUUCCUUUUCAUCUGGCAUGCCUUCGAUGCGCUAAUCCACUUUUGCCUUGAGGGCAGCUUCCUCUACCACUGCUUCUUCUCCUCCGCGCCUCGUGGCCAUCUGGAUCCCAAGGAGGUGUUUAUCGACCCAUACAACUAUCUCGGAAGAAUCGAUAGAGUGCAUGGUACGCAGGCUGUCGCUGGGAAGUUUGUGGAGGGGGUGGUGGGUGGCCCCGCGAAGGCCGGGGAUGUGGGCGGUGGGUUUCUGGAAAAGAUUGUGAGGGGCACGGCGGAGUUGUGGAUGGUUUAUGCUAAGGCUGAUAAGAGGUGGGCUGGGGUUGAUUUGAGCGUCGUCAGUCUCGAGCUCCUCACCGUCCUUGUCGUCGGUCCCAUGGCUUGCUGGGUCUGCUACGACAUUGCCAAGAAGAACUCGAGGGUUAACAUUGUUAUGAUCAUGAUUGCUACGGCUGAGAUUUACGGCGGCUGGAUGACCUUCUGUCCCGAGUGGCUCGUGGGCAGCGUCAACCUCGAUACCAGCAACUGGAUGUACCUGUGGCUUUACCUGGCCUUCUUCAACGGUCUUUGGGUGGUCAUCCCCGCGUAUGUCAUUUAUGUGGCGUCUGGGGAGAUCUUGAGCGCCUUUAAGGUCAGGGAUGCUGCGGUGAAGGCUAAGAAGUCUCUGUGA